AUAUGUACACAUAACCCAUAGUAUCAUAUAUGGCCGAUCUAACUCUCUUCUCUUAGUUAGCUAAACCCUAACACAAAAAUUACCUUUUACUUACUUGUACUUCAAUUUUUUUAGCUUCUUCACUCCUUUUCUUGAAGAAAUUAAGUGUAGAAUUGAAGUAAAAGGCUAUGGAUGAGGAAGGAGAGAUGUCAAGAAGGCCAAGAGGACGACCCGCUGGAUCAAAAAACAAGCCCAAACCACCCAUUAUCAUCAAUCGAGACAGCGCCAACGCCCUCCGAACACACAUCAUCGAAAUCGCGGACGGUUGUGAUGUAAUGGAAAGCGUAUCCAAUUUUUCGAGAAGAAGGCAAAGAGGAGUUUGUAUUAUGAGUGGAACGGGAAAUGUUAUUAAUGUCAACUUAAAACAACCAGCUUCACCUGGUGAGAUUGUAACUCUUCACGGUCGAUUUGAGAUCUUAUCUUUAUCCGGAUCUUUCCUGCCUCCGCCAGCUCCCCCAGCAGCUUCGGGGUUGACUAUUUAUUUAGCUGGCGGACAAGGACAAGUAGUAGGAGGAAGCGUGGUUGGUGCGCUUAUGGCAUCAGGACCGAUUGUUAUUAUGGCUGCUUCAUUUAGUAAUGCGGCUUAUGAAAGGCUUCCAUUGGAAGAGGAUGAUCAGAAUCCUCUUUCAAUGCCAGGAGGUACUCUGGGAUCUCCUGGCGGACAACAACAACAGCAAUUACUAGGCGACCCAUCAAUGUUUCAUGGGACGCCGCCACCAAACCUUCUCAACUCAAUUCAAUUACCUCAUGAAGGAUAUUGGUCAACAGGCCGACCUCCAUUCUAACUUGAAGGAAUUUACGGGUAUUAUUGUUUCAUGAGUUUUUUUUUUCUAACUUUUUUUUAUUACAUUGAGAGAUCAAGAAAGUGGAUAAUAUGAAUUCAACUCACACUUAUAAUGUCGAAGAUUUCCAGUGGGACCACUUAAACUUCCUCCCUCUCUAUCGAAGAGUACUUGUUAGGAUUUAUUUUUAGCAAAAGGAAUUUUUCAGGCCGUUGACCAUUUGAAGUAAGUUUGUAGUAAUUCUUUCCUUUGAAUACUUCUUACUUUAAAUUACAUCCUUU